ACCUAUAACAUGACCUAAAAACAACACAAAAAAAAGAAAAAAUGGCUUCUGAAACUACUCUUAAGCUUCCUGCAAUAGACUUUUCAAAUGAAGAACUAAAACCAGGAACUGAGGUGUGGGAGUCGGUGAAAUAUCAAGUUCGAAAAGCGCUAGAAGAUUACGGUUGUUUCGAGGCAUUUUUCAAUAAAGUUCCGGCAGACCUUAGAAAGAGUAUUCUUGGUGCGAUUGAAGAGGUUCUAGAGCUGCCAUUGGAGACCAAAUUGAGAAAUGUUUCAAAGAAACCCUUUCAUGGGUAUUUCGGACAGUUGCUUGUGGCUCCAUUGUAUGAGAGUAUGGGCAUUGAUGAUGCCAACGUUGCUGAAAUGGUGGAGACCUUUGCUAAUGUCUUGUGGCCUCAAGGAAACCCUACUUUUAGUAAAACUGUACAAUCAUUUACGGAGCAAUUAGCAGAAUUAGAUAAAAUAGUGAGGAGGAUGACUGUUGAGAGUCGUGGGCUUGAGAAAUACAUGGAUGAACAUUUGGACUCAACAAACUACCUUCUAAGGGUAAUGAAAUAUAAGGUGCCCGAAACUAGUGACACGGAGCUUGGGCUACGUUCUCAUACUGAUAAGAAUAUCGUGACCAUUUUGUACCAAAAUGAAGUUGAUGGACUUGAAGUUCAAACCAAAAAUGGCGAAUGGUUCAGUGUUAAACCCUCACCUGAUUCUUUUGUGGUCAUGAUUGGAGAUUCUCUCAAUGCAUGGGUAAAUGGGCGAUUGCACUCUCCCUAUCAUCGAGUUAUGAUGACCGGAAAUCAAACAAGAUACUCGUGCGGAUUGUUUUCGAUCCCAAAAGCUGGGUACAUAAUCAAGGCCCCGGAAGAGCUAAUUGAUGAAGAACAUCCCUUGCAAUUCAAGCCGUUCGAUCAGGUCGAGUUUUUCAAAUUUUACUAUACAGAAGCCGGCCGGAGAGCUGAAUCUGCUCUUCACACUUACUGUGGAGUGUAAAUGUUACAUAGUACAACACCAUACAAUGUCUCCAGCAUGUCACACAACUUUAAAGUGCUCAUGUUUUUUCCCUUAUUAUGUCUCCUUUUCAAUAAUUCUACUCAUCUAUCUUGUUAAUUUGAAAUUGAUUUUUUUUAAACAGACACACAACGGAGAAUUAAUUCUAAUUUGUUAA